AUGAACCGGAGUAGCCCAGCCUUUUUAAACAAGCUACGGAGCAUGGUGGAUGAUCCCAACACCGAUGAGCUGAUUCGGUGGUCACCAGCAGGUGAUACUUUUCUCGUGCCCAACCAUGUCCGAUUUGGGGAUGAAGUGCUUCCACGCUUCUUCAAACACAACAACUUCUCCUCGUUUGUGCGUCAGCUGAAUAUGUACGGUUUCCACAAGGUGCCGCAUUUGCAGCAAGGUGCAUUGAAGACCGACCAGCCAUCUCAGAGUGAGCUUUGGGAAUUUACCAACCCAUGCUUCCACCGAGAUCAUCCUGAUUUGCUUUCGAAAGUGCAGCGAAAGCGUAGUGGGAAGGACAAAGAGCAGAAUCAACAACAUUUGUCGGACGAUACAAACCGAGCCUUGCACAGCUUAACAGGUGGUGCAUUGACACGUAACGAGUACGACACUAUGGGGGGCGAUUCCCAGGAUCUGACCAAAGUCGUGGGGCCUGUACAGCUUACUGCUCUUCUUGGCGCCAUUCAAAAUAUCAAAAGCAACCAGCAUUCGAUCUUUGAAGAGAUUUCUAAGCUGCAACACUCGAACCAAGCGCUAUGGCAACAAGGCUUGGAGAACCGCCAGCAAAUGCGACGACAACAAGAUACCAUCAACCGCAUUCUUCGGUUCCUUGCAGGAGUGUUUGGCUCGUCCAAUGUGGGUGAUAUCCUGCACAAUGUAACGGGUCCGGAGCUAGCUACGAUGAAUGGCUUUGCCGGUGCCUCACCGUACGAUGAUGGCUCUGCGAAUCGUUUUCAAGAACAGGAUGCGACCACGGUCAAUACAAAGCAGCGCGGACCAGUGCGACCACAAAAGCGUGCACGAUUUCUUAUUAGCGAUACCUCUUAUGACGAGCAAAUGGCACAGCACAAAGCUGCUUCUCAGGAUACCACUAGCAACCCACUUUCUUCCACCACCAACGACCAACGAUUUUCUGAAGCUACCAGCGAUUCGGAAGGCAAUUCGCCCAAUACAUGGACCGGCAUCUCAGGACCUCUCCCUGACUCGCCUACGUUGCGGCCUAUGGCAUCUCGAGCUACCCCGCUGAACGCUUCGCAGCCAGAGACAGUGACAUGGUCGAAUGUAACCUCGCCGCCCAUGGCCAACAGUGCAACGAUGGAUGCUAAGUCGCCUCAAGAUGUGAAUGCUUGGCUUUCUUCGAUGCUCGCAGAUGGUGGACCAGCUGAGCAGCAAGCGUUGGAUCCGCAAGUGUUGGCCGCUCUGCAAACGGCGAUGGCACAGGAGCCGUCGUCAUCCACAAGGCCCGCCGGGGCGGCUCCUACAACGCAGAGUAUGGCACCCAUGGAGGCAGGGGCGGCACAGACGCACCCUGUGACCAACGAUGUGCUGUCAUCCAUGGAGCCGACAUGGCGCGGCCCAGCCACCCAGGGCAAAGCAGGUGCGGUGGCUGAACCCUUGUCUACAGAGCAGCUGAUGCGGAGUGUGCAGCGCAUUAGCGAGGAGGCACAAGCAAAUAUGGACCAAACGAAUCAUCUCCAGAAUCAAAUCCAUACGUUGGUCCAAAACUUGCGUCUAGGACCUGCGCAGGUGGCUGCUACGGGCCCAAAGACGGGCACCGCGUCAACAGCGAAGCUCGCCUCUGGCCACCCUGGAACCUGGACGAACCCGACCUCGAGCCAAGCGCCCUCUUCGCACUUGGAGACAGCGCCUUCCGUCCUUUCUCAGCAUAGCACGGGAUUUGGGCAAGUACCGAGUCCCGCCGGGACCGGACCCCAGCAAGCUGGCACGCCAGGGCAGGGCAGCGAUUUCGAUCUAGACUCGUUCCUGAAUCAGUUUGUGGACCCAAUGAAUGCACCUACAGGCUCCUCGUUUGUCCCCAUCUCUUCGCCUGGGGUGGAAGACAUGGCGACCGAGGAUACAAGCAAACUCGCUGCUACGGCGGCUACAAGUACAGCGCAACCGUCAUCGUCCUAA